AUGGCGGUGCUCCAAGUGUACCAGGCGAAGCUCCUUCGCGCCAUGGAUGAGUCUGGGCUAGAACAUUCUGCAGCGUUCAGAGAGCUGCGCAGCGCCACCAAUUUGGCCCUGCGCGCCACAAAGACGACUGCACAGGUCAUUGGGAGGUCGAUGGCCAGCCUGGUGGUGCUGGAACGCCACUUGUGGCUGGAUUUGACUCAGCCCUCUGCACGGCCUGAGCCCAGGCAGUGCUCGCGCUCUGCAAAGCGCUACCCUUUCCCCGAAGUGCCAGGGAACCCGGCCCAAGAUUGUGCUGGACCCUGCACCUCAGAAGCCAUCCUGAUCCCUCAAGAAGGAAGAGGAGGGGGCAAACUUAUCAAGGUGGAUCAAGCCUGCAUCGCAGCCCUUGCCCCUUGGAAGGACCCUUCGUGGUUCAAACAGGGCGUACCCCUGGGGAUGAUGCACAAAAGGAAGGUCAUCUUCACAGAUGCGUCAAACACGGGCUGGGGAGCCCUGUGCGACGGCAGACCAGCCUUUGGCGCGUGGUCGAGCGAAGAGACAAAGCUGCACAUCAACUGCCUGGAAAUGCUGGCAGUAUGGCAGGCCUUACAGUCCUUCCUACCACAUCUAGAAGGAUGCCAUGUCUUAGUCCGAUCGGACAACAUGACGGUAGUAUCCUACAUAAAUCGCCAGGGCGGCCUUUCCUCCCCACGCCUCUUCAGGAUGGCAAAGAGCCUACUGGAGUGGGCACAUUGCCACUUGCGCUCCCUAAAAGCAGCGCACAUACCCGGCAAACUGAUCCAGGGAGCAGACAUGCUGUCUCGGAGCAACGUCCCCUCUGGCGAGUGGAUGCUUCACCCCCAGACGGUUCAGAGAAUAUGGGAGAUCUUCGGGAAGGCAGAGGUCGACCUCUUCGCCUCAGAAGACAACUCUCACUGCCCAAUCUAUUUUUCGAAGGAAAGGGAUGCGCUGGCCCACGAUUGGCCCAGCCUUCUCCUUUACGCUUUUCCUCCGAUCGCCCUGAUCCCUCAGGUCAUCAGGCAAAUCAGGGAAAAAAGGCACAAGGUUCUUCUAGUGGCCCCGCUCUGGAGAAACCAACUAUGGUUCUCAGAGAUGUCUCAGCUGCUCACGGCAGCUCCAUGGCCCAUUCCCCUGAGACGGGACCUCCUCUCUCAGGCGAACAUGACGAUAUGGCACCCCCAACCCAAGUUGUGGGCCCUACACUUAUGGCCUCUCGAUGGGAGCCUAUGA